AUGGUGCCAAUUCCAAUCAACAAAAUUGGCCUACAUGCCAAGAAAGAAUAUCAGAUUUUGUCCAAUUACAAACUGCUUCAGAUGGGGUUCAAUAAAGUGGGGAUAUCGCGUGAGGUGCCUGUGGAUAAGUUGAUGAAGUUUAAACUUCAGGACAAUUUGGAGUUUCUUCAGUGGUUUUGCCGUCUUGCCAGUAAUGCUGAAAGGGAUGGACCAGUGACUAAAGCUUCAGAAGUGUCUCAGGAUAUUCCCAGAUCACGCAUAUCUUCGUCGUCACGAGCUUCUACGGGUACGAUAUCGCUUCGAACGAACAGAAACGCUGUCAACUCAAGCAUGACGCCUAGUCAACAGCAUAAAGCAGGUCUCAGGAGAGCGUUUACCUCACAUGAUGUUAGUCAAAAUGGUAGUAUUCGACUCAAGGAUGAAAUUAGAGAUCUGCAAGCGAGAUUGGACGAAUCAUUACAAACCCAGGAGAGUUUAGAAACGGAAAGAAACUUUUACUUCAACAAACUACGUGAAAUCGAAAUAAUCUGUCAGAACUUGAAUGAUAAAAUCGAGGCAAACGAAAACGAUAACCCCCAAGAUGUAACCGUGGCUGAUCUAGUCAAUCAUAUUCAGGAAAUUAUGUAUAGUACAGCUGAAGGUUUUCAGGUUCCUCAAGAGACCAUUCAAUCCACACUAACGUCUCCGCAGCUAACUCCAGGAAGCUCCAACAACAAAGAAAACAAUCUUACGAUAUUGGAUGAGGAAACCUUCUAG